GACACACAGACUACAGAUUCAGGAUAUGCACCAUGGAGAUGUGUGACGAUAUCUAUGCCAAUGUAGACACUAUCCAACCCAGCGCGUCCAAAACCACAGCAGAUCAGAACCCAAAGAGCAGCCCAGGAUAUCAGCACUCAGGGAGGAAACUCUACAGAUGGACUGCAGUGUGUCUGGGGCUGCUGUGUGUUCUGCUACUGACCGCCAUCACGCUGCUCUGUAUCCACUAUAAUGGAGUGGUAAAUGAAACCAUGGAGAAGCACAGGGAACUGUCUGAGACCCUGUCACUCCUUACAGCCAACUACACUGCAGAGAGAGACCAGUUAGAGACCAUUAACACCAUCCUUAAAAAACAGAGGGACCAGUUAAGUAUUGACAAAGACAGGUUUCAGAAGAUAAUCUCAGAACUAGCUGUAGAGAGUCGUGUGGGCAGCUACAAAGCCCUGCUGAGGGGCAUUGGAGAGUUCCCAUUUCCACAGGGAGCUCAGCCCUGCCAGCUGCAGCUGUCUGGUGAGAACGCCAUCCCCCUGGCAGUGAGUCCCUCUGGGCACGUCCUCCUCGCUGCCUCCCGCUACGGCCGGGGCAAGGUGGUCGUCGCAGCUCAUGAAGACUACAUCCAAGGAGCAAUCGUAAUACCAGCAUUUGGACAGUUUGUUAAAAACGCCAUAGAGUGGCUGAAACCCCACUCUCAUGCCGCAGUGGGCGUGUCUGGGAUGUCCUACCUGGCUGAUCACCUGACCAAGAGCGGCUUCAAGGUCAAGAGCAUCUCCAACUACGAUGGAACCGUGGGGGUCUUCUGCCGUGAAGCUUACAGUGACGAGCAGGUUCAGGAGGUGCUGGAUUUCGUGAGAGGAGGGGGUGGCCUCCUCAUUGGAGGUCAAGCUUGGCACUGGGCAUCUCAAGACCCAGGAUUGGACGUCCUGCAGGAGUUUCCUGGCAACAAGUUUACCAGGCCUGCUGGCAUCUCUUUCACCUCCAAGUAUGCAGAUAGAGGAACUUUUAAAGUUCCCCAAGAGAUUCCAAUACUCUAG